AUUCGUCCAGCGGUGGUUUUACUUCCUCCCGCAGAAAAGAACCAAACCAACCAACUCAGUCGUUGAGAGCGCCAGCGAAGAAGAAAAAUGGAAUCGCCUUCAACAACCACAGACACGAAGAAAGUAGCAGUCAGGUCGUCGAUCGUCGAGUCAAUUCGCGGUUGCGGUCUCUCCGGUAUGCGUAUUGAUAAAGAGGACUUGAAGAAACAGCUUACUAUGCCACACUACCUUCGCUUAGCAAUGCGUGACUCCAUUCGCCUUCAGGAUCCCGCCGCCGCCGAGUCUCACUACAGGAACCGUACCGACGGAGUGGACGCCGCUGUUCCCUUAUCUCCUAUGGUCGUUUUCAUCAAUCCUCGUAGUGGCGGCCGUCACGGUCCUGCUCUCAAGGAGAGACUCCAACAACUCAUGAGUGAAGAACAGGUUUUUGAUCUAUCAGAUGUGAAGCCUCAUGAAUUUGUAAAGUAUGGAUUGGCUUGUUUGGAGACGUUGGCCGGUCUUGGUGAUUCUUGUGCUAAAGAAACUCGCGAAAGACUUAGGGUUAUGGUUGCUGGAGGUGAUGGUACAGUGGGCUGGGUGUUAGGAUGUCUUACAGAACUUAGCAAGCUAGGCCGAGACCCAGUUCCUCCAGUAGGGAUCAUACCACUUGGGACAGGCAAUGAUUUGUCUAGGAGUUUUCAAUGGGGUGGUUCAUUUCCUUUUGCUUGGAAGUCAGCUAUCAAGAGAACUCUACAAAAGGCUAGUACUGGGCCAAUUCACCGUUUGGAUAGUUGGCGACUUUCCAUUGCAAUGCCAGAAGGCACACCCGUGAAACCACCACAUUGUUUAAAGCAUGCUGAAGAGUUCACUCUUGAUCAGGGCAUAGAACUCGAGGGAGAACUGCCUGAGAAAGUUGCAAGUUAUGAAGGCGUGUACUAUAAUUACUUCAGCAUAGGAAUGGAUGCCCAAGUGGCUUAUGGCUUCCAUCGUCUACGUGAUGAAAAACCAUACCUUGCAAAUGGUCCAAUUGCAAAUAAGAUUAUUUACUCUGGGUACAGUUGUACUCAGGGCUGGUUCUUCACUCCUUGCACAAGUGAUCCAGGUCUUAGGGGACUCAAAAAUAUUUCGCGGUUGCAUAUCAAAAGGGUCAAUUCCUCAGAGUGGGAGCAAGUUACAAUUCCUAAAAGUGUAAGGGCAAUAGUUGCUUUGAAUCUUCAUAGCUAUGGAAGUGGAAGAAAUCCUUGGGGUAAACCGAAACCAGAAUAUUUGGAAAAGAAAGGCUUUGUUGAAGCUGAUGUUGCUGAUGGGCUCUUGGAAGUAUUUGGUUUAAAGCAAGGAUGGCAUGCAUCAUUUGUCAUGGUUGAACUGAUCACUGCGAAGCACCUGGCUCAGGCAGCAGCUAUUCGAUUGGAACUCAGAGGUGGAGGGUGGAAAAAUGCCUAUUUGCAAAUGGAUGGAGAACCCUGGAAACAGCCAUUAAGCAAGGACUUCUCGACAUUCGUGGAGAUAAAGAGGGAGCCUUUCCAGUCACUUGUGGUUAGUGGUAGUGGAAAGUGAUUCCUUUGAUGGUUCACUAUUGCAUAGCUGGGAUUCAUAAGGAGUGUAUUAUAUGUAAUCUUAGGUAUUGGCUCACCAUUACAUUGAAAAUUGAUGCUCAAAAUCUCCCCCUUAUUGUUUUAUUGUGAAAAUUGGAGUUUAUGAAUAGGAGAGAGUAAUUCUUUGAUGGUUUCCAUAGAUGGUAUUUGUGGAAGGCAUGUGUAUUAUAUGUAAAUCCUGGGCAUGGGCGUUCAACUAUAUUUUUAUAGAAUUAAUUAUUAUUGUAAAAAGAUAUUAUUCUUUUGUAAUGUUAAGGAAAUCUUGCUUUCAUCAUA